GAAAAAAAAAAAUCAUUUAGUAUUAUUCAUGCAUUUUUUAAUUGAAAAAGUUGGGUUUUUUUUGAAAGUCAGAAAUGGGUGCGUUCUGUAAAGGCCUUUAAUCUACAGUUUUUUUGUGGUUAUUUUUUUCUCUCUUUUCAUGAUUUAUACAAGUUUUUUACGCAUUUAUUUUCUAUAAUAAAAGUUGGGUUUUUCUCUUUAUUUUUUUCUCGGUUCACUGUUUUUCAUGAAAGAGUUGUGCAUGCAUGCAAAUGUCCAUGAAAAAUUACCAAAUUUCGUCGAAAAAAAUGAGAAAAGAUUUUUCAUGUUCAGUCAAUUAGGUGGUCGGAGAAAGUUGCAGAUCUUGCCGUGAACCAGGGUCUAUUAAUGGAUCAGGCACCAAGAAUGGAGAUUUUUUAUGAAGGGUUAGAGAGAGGGAAUUGGGUUUCAGAGCGUUAAUGGGUUCUUUUACAGAGGAGAGAAAGGCAACGAAAAGUGUGGAAAGAGGAAGGAAAGAUGUGGGUUUUUGCAGAGAAGUGUAGAAAACGCAUGGGGAAGGGAGAAGAGGCUGGAGGUUUGGGAGAAGGGGUUUUUUUUGAUAUCUGAGAGAGAGAGAGAGAGAGAGAGAGAGAGAGAGAGAGAGAGAGAGAGAGAGAGAGAGAGAGAGAGAGAGAUGGGUUCCAAAGUUUGUAUGAAUCUGACCUGCGGGACGACUACAACAAGCAAAUGGAGGGAAGGGUGGACACUGCGUUCAGGUGGUGUUGCAGACCUCUGUGAUACAUGUGGUUCUGCAUAUGAGCAAAGGAUCUUUUGCGACAUUUUUCACUCGAAAGAAACUGGUUGGAGGGAGUGCCGUUAUUGUAAUAAGCAUGUCCAUUGUGGAUGCAUUGUUUCAAAAUCUUCAAUUGAGAUGCUUGAUUCUGGAGGAGUAUCAUGCAUUAAGUGCUCCAAGAGUCCAACCCUACCUUCUAUUGACAGUCAAGUGCAACAGAUGCCCAUGUUGCAAUCUACUCAAGGGGUACUAAGUUUACCUGCGAGAACCUCAAAAGUUGCACAAACGAAUGACUCCAUGAAGGAGGAGGGCUUGCUUCCACUUCCAGCACAGUCAGAUAACACAAAUGGAUCUCUUGGAAAGAUCAAAGGAGAGCAAGGCACCUCUGGUGGAGAUUCAAGAAGUAUGAGUUUGAAAGUUACCAGUGAAGUGCCGGUUUCCUCUCCUCAACUGACUAAACGAGAUUCUCACACUGAUGUCUUGAGUGAUAGAGAGAGGGAAACAGGUGAUUCACUCAAUGCAUGCUUAAGUAUCUCUUUGGGAGCUUGUAAUACGGGUGAUAUAGUGGAAGCAAACAGUAUGCCAGGCACCCCAAAUCUUGCUUUUCCUGUUCCUAAUGUGACAGUGGAUGGAAAAGAACUGAAUAGAGCAACCCCAUCUUAUCAGCAAGGCCAAAGGUCUCGCCACCUUUUGCCUAAGCCACCUCAUACGAGCUUCAACAAUGGCUCAGAUUCAUCAAAGGACACGGUUCCACAUAUACGUAUAGCACGGCCACCUGGUGAUGGAAGAGGAAGAAACCAGUUGCUUCCAAGAUAUUGGCCAAGGAUUACAGAUCAAGAACUUCAACAAAUAUCAGGAGAUUCAAACUCUACAAUUGUUCCUUUAUUUGAGAAGGUUUUGAGUGCAAGUGAUGCAGGGCGGAUUGGUCGUUUGGUUCUUCCUAAAGCAUGUGCUGAAGCAUACUUUCCUCCAAUCUCUCAACCAGAAGGGCUUCCACUGAAGAUUCAAGAUGCAAAAGGGAAGGAGUGGGUCUUCCAAUUUAGAUUCUGGCCUAAUAACAAUAGCAGAAUGUAUGUUUUGGAGGGAGUAACACCAUGCAUACAGUCUAUGCAGUUGCAAGCUGGUGAUACAGUAACUUUUAGUCGGAUAGAUCCUGAAAGAAAGCUUGUUAUGGGGUUUCGGAAGGCAACAAGUACCACAUCUAUGCAGGAGACUCACAUUUCUCCAAGCACAAAUUGUGUGGUUUCCCAAGAAACUUACGUAUCUGGAGUUAUCGAGAAUCUAUCAUCUAUUGGGGGGUACUCUGAUCUUCUCCAUUCGAUAAAGGGAAAUGUAGAUCCACUCAAUACUUUGACAGAGCAACUGAAUUCAUCUGAUACUGACUGGUAUAAAACUGAGAAGCAUGGAAGCAGGUCAACCGUUCAAGUUCUAGAGAAGAAGAGAACUCGUAACAUUGGCUCCAAAAGCAAGAGGUUGCUCAUAGACCAUGAGGAGGCUUUGGAAUUGAAGGUUACCUGGGAAGAGGCUCAAGAUUUGCUUCGUCCACCCCCAAGUGUCAGACCGAAUUUUGUCAUGAUUGAGGACUAUGAAUUUGAAGAAUAUGAAGAACCUCCUGUUUUUGGAAAGAGAACAGUUUUCACAGCCAGGCAAUCUGGAGGAUACGAUCAGUGGGCCCAAUGCGAUAAUUGCUAUAGAUGGCGGAAGUUGCCCUUUGAUGCUCUUAUCCCUCCUAGGUGGACAUGCACUGAUAACGCAUGGGACCCAAGGAGAUGUUUGUGUUCUGCACCCGAAGAAGUGAACAUAGAAGAGCUUGAGGGUCUUCUCAGACAGCGUAUAGACUCAAAAAGGCGCAAAGUAACGGAGGCCAGGAAACCGCAACGUGAGAUAUCAGGCCUUGAUGCAUUGGCCACCGUGGCCGCACUAGGCCAAGAUGAGGGCUCAGCAGCCGGGCCCUCCGUGGCACCCACCACCAAGCACCCACGGCACCGCCCAGGAUGUACAUGCAUAGUGUGCAUCCAACCUCCAAGUGGAAAAGGUCCAAAACACAAACCUACAUGCACAUGCAACGUUUGCAUGACAGUGAAACGGAGGUUCAAAACUUUAAUGAUGCGUAGAAAGAAGAGGCAGUCAGAGCGAGAGGCAGAGACAGCCAGGAAAAAGCAGAGUGGUUUGGAUGGGGACUGUGGUGGUCCAGAGGGGAACCGUGGUGGUCCAGAGGUGGAGAGUGGUGGUCUAGAGGGGGAGCACGGUGGUCCAGAGGAGUUGGAAGGGGUGGGGAGUGUGGGUGGAAUUUUGGGUAAGGAGGUGGGUAAGGGGAGUAUUGAUUUGAAUUGUCAGCCUGAGAGGGAAGAGGAGGGACUUGGGGUUGCUGGAUCGUCGAGGGUGAGCAUGUUGAGGCUUCUCAGAGAGGCAAACCUUCCAUUAGAGACAUAUUUGAAGCAACAAGGGCUCACGAGCUUGGCAAGUGAGGGCGAGGCACAAAAUGGUAAUUUUGCUGAGGGCUUAUACAUUUCAGACCAUCAGGCCAUGAGCGAUGCCGGGUGAUUACACUGAGUAUGAUGAAGUAUUGUUUCUUCUUUAUGGGGGUUGAGAGUGUUUUAUAAUUCUAUGGAGUAUGGGAAAUUAUGGUCUUUUGGGGUCAUGACCGCCCGAUGAUAUGAUGGAUGGCAACAGAGAGAGUGGGACGCGCCGUUGGUGUCUUGUCCUGUUCUAGUGGUUCUCGCCCUCCAUUGCCAACCACCAUUUCAUUGUAUUAACAUAUUUCACUGGGGGAUAAGGAUUUUCCGCAAUCCUUUGGACUAUAGUAUAAUUUCCCUUUAUUUCUUUUAACAGCUAUUUGCUUCUCCUUUUGUUUUUCCUUUUCGUAAUGUGGACUUUCACCUAUGCAAGCUUGGGUUACAAAAUGUUAGCUUGGGUUACAAAAUGCUAGGUUGGAUGCUAAUAUAGAUAUAAAGAGUCUACCUGCAUUGUGGUUUGACAAGCAAAGCAGGGGCUGGCUCAAUGCAGGUUCUCCCUUGUUUUUGUUUCAGGUUUCA